AUGGAGGUGGCACGGUGGGGGUGGGCGGCGCUGUUCGGCUUGAUGGGGAUUUUGGUCGCCGGGGGGGAUGCGACGGAGAGGUUGGAAGGGUUCGUCUCGGCGGUUUUGUCUCUUCACGGACUCGACUGCGCCACGUUCAUCGAUGGCCUUCAAGAACAGGUCUUAGGUUGGGACAAGGCCCAUAGGCUGCUGGCCCCCCUGAGCAAGAAAUACGUGGUAAAUUGCGUAACGGGUCGGGAAGCAGUGCAUCUGGCAGCCAUUGGAGAGCCAAGGAAGUGUUUAUACGUACUUUUCUACAACGAACAUCAGGAUCUCCGACCAUCCGGCAUCGAGGCGCCGUCCUUUCGUUCGAACGACGUCUGGCUGGUUCUCCACGACUCCCUAGAAUCAGAAGAGAAACUCAUUUCUCAGCUCGGAGAACUGCCGAUCUUCCUGGACUCGAAUCUCUACGCCGCCAGGCAGGACCAACUGGAGGGCGACGCAGAAGCCUCCCUCCACGAAGCCAUUGGCGCCUCGCGAGUGACGGCGCCCUUGUCCUUCCAGGUUGGGACCUGGGACGGGCAGAAACUCACGUUCCUGAUGGAGAAGAACAAGUACGAGAGACGCAAGGAUCUCGCCGGAGUCCAUUUCAAGGUCUGCUCGAUUGAGAGCGACCCUUUCGUCCUGUACAUCGACAACGAGAAACAGACCAUGACUGGAGUAUUUGGAGAAACCUGGAUGCUCUUGCAACAAGUCCUCAACUUCACAUUCGAGGACCGUCGACUCAUGGAAGCGAACCCGGCGCUUAACAUUGGGAGUCUCGACGCGGAGGGGGAGGAAUACGACGGACUGUUCGGGAUGCUGCAGAGGGCAGAGAUCGACGUGGUCGUCUCGGAAUUGACCAUCACGAAGACGAGAUCCCAAUACAUGGACUUCCCCACGCCCAUCCACGACUACGAGCCCAGAAUGUACACGGCGAAGAAGCAAGAGAAGAACGCGUGGAUGUCGUACUGGAGGCCGUUCUCGUUGGGACUCUGGCUCGCCAGUCUCGCCGGCAUCGUCGUCCUCGCUCUCACGCUCUGGUUCGUCCAAGCGAAUGAAGGCGAAGAUGGAAAUCUCCAAAGUUGGACCUUUUCCACCGAUCUUCUCGUCGUUUGGAGCGCCUCCUGCAUGCAAGGUAUACCGCGAGAGCCCAAGCACCCAGCAGCUCGCUUCACCGUGUGGCUCAGCUUCAUGCUGGGACUGCUGCUGGUCAACAGCUACUCGGCGGUGGUCACGUCGUUCCUCGCCGUGGACGUGGACGCGCUCCCGUUCUCACACUGGGAGGAAAUUCGCUUCUUUGGAUCCUCCUGGAAACUGGGGAUCAUGAAAGAAUCCUCGGAUUUCGACCUUUUCUAUCAUGCGUAUGUGUCGAAUGAGGCACCCAUGGCUGAGAUCUAUGAAAAGUUGAUCCUCGGGAAAGAGAAGGACUUGUACGGAACAUUGGAAGACGCGGUGAGGAGGACGGACGAGAACCCGAACUACGCUUUCGUGGGACCGUCGGAAUCCGUUUCCGUGUCGGCGGGAAAAUGCAAAUUGUCGACAAUCCCGGGAGUCGUUGCUUCGGAGCGACUCACCUUUGCUCUCACGAGGAAUUCCCUCUACACGAACAUCUUCAGCCACUUGAAGAACUGGAGACAACUUCGGGAACGCUUUAACUUGAAAAGCGAUGAUUUACUGGAAGCUUUGGAUGAGACUGACGGGAAGGUGUUCCGCUUCGGCGAGGUAGAAACUAUCAAAGCCAUAUCGGAACCGGAGAAACGUUUCGAUGAGAUAUUCGACAUCCUUUUCGCGAAGAAUCCCAAUGUGUACUAUGAUGUUCUCCUAAAUGCGCUGAAAGCACUGGACCGACAGGACAUCUUGGACUUCUUGGAAAGUGCUGAUGAUGCUCCUCAGUCCCAAACUUCGCCAACUGGCAGGGAAGAACAACAGCAUCCCAUCGGAAGCAGCUCUGACAGGGAGGACGGAGUCCAACUGCUUGCAGAGCCUCAAUCGAGUUCGGCAAGUGUCGAAUCAGCAACUGUCUCUGACGAGACCGAUGCGAGGGGCUACUCGAUCAGGAAAGUCAUUUCAAAACUAGGAGGGAAAAAGCAAGAUGAAGACUCAAGUGAUCCCAGUCGUGACCACCUUUGGAAACCUAAAAUACCUGACAAGCUGGACUGCUACAAGAUGAAGGGAAGCGGUGGAAAAGACAGGGGAUGGGCCAUAAUUUUCUGUUACGAGGAGUUCGAUCAGUAUCUUCAGCUUCCCCCUCGCAAAGGAGUGCAAAAAGACGUGAACAAUCUGACACGCGUAUUCAAAGACAGAGGAUUCUCCGUCAAAACAUACAAAAACCUUAAAUACCAGAGCAUCAAGGAAGAAUUGUAUGAAAUUUCUCAAUCGCCAGAACUUGAAGAACAUGAGUGCCUAAUUGUCUGCUUCCUCUCUCAUGGGGAAGAAGGAGGUCUCCUCUACGCCAAAAACAAUACCUUUAUGGAAGAGGAACUGUGGCGUCCCUUCUAUGGGGAUGAAUGCAAGGCUCUGGUUGAUAAACCAAAGCUAUUCUUCAUUCAGGCAUGCCGAGGUGAACGUAUCGACGAUGGUGUGAAGAAAAAGUUGAACAGUGACUGCCUUAGCGGUGACGAACACGACGGACCCGCACAAAAUAAGGAAUAUCAUCUUCCCACCCAUGCCAACAUCCUCAUUGCUCACGCCACCUACGAGGUUUCUCAAUCGCCAGAACUUGAAGAACAUGAGUGCCUAAUUGUCUGCUUCCUCUCUCAUGGGGAAGAAGGAGGUCUCCUCUACGCCAAAAACAAAACCUUCAUGGAAGAGGAACUGUGGCGUCCCUUCUAUGGGGAUGAAUGCAAGGCUCUGGUUGAUAAACCAAAGCUAUUCUUCAUUCAGGCAUGCCGAGGUGAACGUAUCGACGAUGGUGUGAAGAAAAAGUUGAACAGUGACUGCCUUAGCGGUGACGAACACGACGGACCCGCACAAAAUAAGGAAUAUCAUCUUCCCACCCAUGCCAACAUCCUCAUUGCUCACGCCACCUACGAGGGUCAUGUUGCAUUCAGAAAUAGGCACGUGGGAUCCUACUUCAUAUAUACAUUGUGUAAGGUCUUUGAGAAGCAUUCCGAGACUCUGGACGUGUUGAGGAUGCUCACCAUGGUCGCAGGAAUUAUGGCGGACGAUUUCAAGACCAGAAGCAGUGAAAUAUCAUGGAAAGAGAAGAAACAGAUGCCGAUCAUUCAAAGUACGCUGACCAAAAUAGCCUACCUGAAGCCGAAAUCAAAAUCUUAG